ACCAGUCAACAGACAGACAGAACAGACGACAGUAGACGCGAUGGAGUCGGAGAAAAACUAGGUCUGGAAGAAGAGAUAUAGAGACCUACACAUCAGGGAGUUUAAUUUUAUAUACCAACUCAUAAGAUUGGAGUCACAAAAGUGUUCUUCCGAUCACACACAUAUGAUAACAUCAAUUCAUAUGUCAAACGUUAUGUUGAAGUUCAUAAGCCAGACUUCAUUUCUGUCGGCUAGUUCAUGUUUAUCAUGAUACUCAUCAACCUUUUCAAUUUAAUUCAGAUGAAUAAGAUUAUCUUAACUGUCCUUUAACAAUUAACUACAUGUAGCACGAAGUAUCAUGCGCGGAUCCGGGGAGGGGGGGGGGGGGUACGAGGGAUAUUUUUUGACAAGCGCUUAACCUGUUAACGCUUGUUUCAUACAGUAGGCUAGUUUUUCUAUUGUGUAUAGAAAAUAGACCUCCUGUCUAAAACAGGCGCCUGUGGAUAUUUUUGGUAAUUUCACUAUGUAUAACUAAGAAAUGAAAAAAAAAAACCGAAAAGAGGGGAUGUUUCGGACCCCCCCCCACCCCACCCCACCCCGAUCAGCGCAUGAUGUAUUGAAUCUCGUUUUGGGGUUACUCGGAAGUUUUAUUUAAACCAAUCACGUGAUUUUUACAGGCUGCCAGGGAGAACCAUCAACAAGGAAGUGUAAACAAAUGGUAAACAUUAAAGAUAUGUCGCCAUUUUGAGUUAAAGGCCUUUAUAAAGAACAUCAAAAAAAGUGUCUGACCAUGGACCCUGAGUACAACCUUCAGGAUGUGUUACGGUGUCAUCUCUGUGAGACCCCGGGCCCCCCUAUGUACUGUGUCAUUUGUAACAAAUAUCUGUGUAAAGCCUGUGAGUGGGACCAUAUUCUCUCUGAUCUAUCCAAAGAACACAAAGUGGUACCAUUUAAAAAGAGAGGAUAUACUCCAAAGUGUCAAAACCAUCCCUUAAAAAUAUGUGAACUUUACUGUGAGCAAUGUAACAUUCCUAUUUGUGCAACAUGUGCUUCCUCUGAAGAACACAACGGCCAUCAAUUUAUUGAAAUAACUAAAACCAUGGACAAGAAGAAAGGAAUAAUUCAAAAAGAUUUACAACAACUAGAAAAAUCCAUUAAUCUUAAAUUCCAAGAGAUUGCAUCCAUUAACCAAGUCCAAAAAUCUGCUCUGAAUGAAAACUCCCAGAAAUUAACAACAGAAAUCGACAAACAUGGAGAAGACUUGCACAGAGAAAUAAACACCAUUAUCAGAAACAUGAAAUCUAACAUGGAAGAAACGGACACCAAACACCUGGCUGUCUUAGACAAACAGGAAGAUGAAAUCAAACACACCAUUUCUGAAAUCACACAGACCAUUACUGAACUAAAGACGUUACUGGACUCCAAUGAUGUCAGCCGUGUCUCUGCCUACAAAUCCAGGAAUGAUGAAUUCAGAAGAUUGCCUCCUAAACUCACAGUGUCCUUACCAAGUUUUACCCCUCAGAAGAUCAACAAAGAACAGCUUUAUCAACAGUUUGGUUCUCUGUCAGUGUCAUCUAUCAAAACAGAAGAACAUGGCUACACCAUGGAAUCUCCCGGUGCUGAGUCCUCUCCCCCGGACAGACCGCUCAUUGAUGUACCACGGAUCAUCACACAGAUAAACACCGAGUGUGAACGAUUAUACGGUGUGUCCUGUCUGAGUGAUGAGGAGAUGUGGACGCGUGGUGAGAACAAAAUUAUGAGACUGUACAACCUCCGUGGGGAACUAGUGAAGUCAGUCCAAACCAAGUCAGGGUACUAUCCAUACAACAUAGCAGUGACAAGGAGUGGGGAUCUAGUUUAUACUGAUUACUAUGAUAGCACUGUGAACAUAGUGAAGAAUACACAGAUACAGACAGUGAUCAGACUACAGGGGUGGAGACCUCUCCGUGUCUGUAGUACCUCCUCUGGUGACCUCCUGGUUGUCAUGGACAGUGAUGAUGGUAAACAAACAAAAGUUGUGUGUUACUCUGGCUCCACAGAGAAACAAAGUAUUCAGUAUGACGACAAAGGACAACCUCUCUAUUCAUCUGGUAAAUACAUCAGUGAGAACAGGAACCUAGAUAUCUGUGUGUCAGACAAUAGAGCCGGUGCAGUAGUGGUGGUCAAUCAGGCCGGGAAACUCCGGUUUACCUACACUGGUCCUCCCUCUACUACCAAGGAAUCAUUCUAUCCAACCGGCAUCACAACAGACAGCCAGGGUCGCAUCCUGAUAGCAGACUAUAACAACGACUGUAUCCACAUCCUGGAUCAGGACGGACAGUUCCUCCGCUACAUUGACAACUGUCAUUUACAGGAACCACGGGGUUUAUGUGUGGACACCAGAGACAACCUCUUUGUGACUGAGUUAUACACAGGUAAAGUGAAGAAAAUACAAUAUGUGUAGAACAUUACACAGCAGUGUAACAUUGUUUAUAUGUAUUACAUGUUGACAAACUGACUGUAUAUAUAUUAUACUUGUUUGUGUAUAACAGUUAAUUAUCUGUAUUAUAUAAUUAGUUUAUGUUAAUAAAUAAACACCUUCAUAUAUUCUUUACAUACCAACAAUACUAUUGUUUAGUUUCUCUAUGUAAAUCGUAACAAACUCAUUGUUUUUGUGCAGUGAUUUUAAUGGUAAAAAAUGACAGCAUAAAUAUUUUACUUUCCAAACAAACUAUUAUAUAUACAUGUGUAUAUAUAUAUGCUUGUCAUUAAAAGUUGAAAAGAAUACAAUCAAACAUUCUGUUUAAUGAACAUUGUAUAUCAAGAAUGAGAACAAGUGAAUGUUUGAAAAAAAAACCAUUUAAUUUAUGUCAUUCUGUUGGAUGUGUAUAUUAUUGUGUAUAAUAAAUGAUUUGUGUACAAUUA